CCCAAUAUAGAGUUGGAGCAAGUAAUUGAUGGUUUUAGGAACAGGAGAAUAGGACGUCCGUGACAGCGGCAACCACCACCUUCUGCACACGCCCACUGCUGGAUGAAGUUUACUUCUGCCUGCGGAUUCCAAUUCCGAGCAUCGCACCUCCAUCGAUCGUCGACGAAUUCCUUCUUGGCCCAGAAACAACACACACACUCAAAUCUGGAUCCAUCAAUUUCUUCUUUAAGCAGCAGAAGCAAGCAAUCCCCCUCUCCUCUCUGAGAGAGAUGGCGUUUGGCAGCCACACGCGCCUGGAUGUGAGGCGGGCGCAGCAGCACUCCUCAUUCUGCUCCCCCUCCUCCGCCGCCGCCGUCUUGGUGGCGCUGGCCUUGGUCGCCGUCUGGAUGGCCUCUUCCACGCUCGUCACCCCCGCGGAUUUCUCCCCCUUCCGCCCCACAACCACAACCACAACCACAACCGCUCGACCUCGGAAUCGGAUGGAUCCUGUGACUGUUGAAGAGGACGCCGACGACCCUCCUCCACUCACACUCAGACAGACUGAGACCGGACCCGGAGGGGAUAAUGGCUCCCACUCCCACUCCCCCUCCCUGGAGACCGCUACAGAGGCAGACCCUCAAGCUGCACAGUCCAACAGCAACACCAAGGACACUCCCCACAAUAAGCAGCAGCAGCAGCAGACUGCGUCGCCCACCCCCAGCAGCUAUGCUUGGAAGCUCUGCAAUACUGAGGCUGGUCCAGAUUACAUCCCAUGCCUCGACAAUCUCCAAGCCAUCCGCAACCUUCGGACGACCAAGCACUAUGAACACCGAGAAAGGCAUUGCCCCCAACACCCUCCUACCUGCCUUGUCCCUCUUCCAAAGGGCUACACAAAUCCAAUUAGGUGGCCUAACAGCAGAGAUCAGAUAUGGUACAACAAUGUCCCGCAUACUAAGCUGGUAGAAUACAAGGGUCAUCAGAACUGGGUUAAGGUCUCCGGGGAGUACCUCACCUUUCCGGGAGGAGGAACUCAGUUCAAACAUGGCGCAUUGCACUACAUUGAUUUCAUUCAGGAGGCAAAGAAGGAUAUAGCAUGGGGGAAACAAACUCGUGUGGUUUUAGAUGUUGGUUGCGGAGUUGCCAGCUUUGGAGGAUAUUUAUUUGAUAGAGAUGUUCUUACUAUGUCGUUUGCACCUAAAGAUGAGCAUGAAGCCCAGGUGCAGUUUGCUCUUGAGAGAGGAAUCCCUGCUAUGUCAGCAGUUAUGGGUACAAAAAGGCUUCCAUUCCCCGGCAGGGUCUUCGACGUUGUUCAUUGUGCACGCUGUAGGGUACCAUGGCAUAUUGAAGGUGGUAAGCUCUUGCUAGAACUGGAUAGACUGUUGCGUCCUGGUGGCUACUUUGUGUGGUCUGCCACUCCUGUGUACCAGAAGCUGCCAGAAGAUGUUGAAAUAUGGGAAGCAAUGUCUACUCUAACAAGGUCGAUGUGUUGGGAAAUGGUCAAUAAAGUGAAGGAUAGGGUAAAUAGAGUGGGUAUAGCAAUUUUCAGAAAGCCAACGGAUAAUAGCUGUUAUGAGGCAAGAUCAGCAGCAAACCCUCCAAUCUGUGGAGAGUAUGAUGAUCCUGAUGCUGCCUGGAACAUAUCAUUGCAGUCAUGCGUGCAUAGGUUGCCCACUGAUCCUGCCAUCCGUGGUUCACAGUGGCCGGUGGAAUGGCCAUUGAGGUUGGAGAAACCACCUUACUGGCUGAAAAACUCUGAGGCUGGUGUCUAUGGGAAGCCUGCCACUGAGGAUUUUCAAGCAGACUAUGAGCACUGGAAGCAGGUCAUAAGCAAUUCAUAUAUGAAUGACUUGGGCAUUGAUUGGUCAGCUGUUAGAAAUGUUAUGGACAUGAAAGCCGCAUAUGGAGGGUUUGCGGCAGCUUUGCGAGAUCUGAAGCUGUGGGUUAUGAAUGUUAUUCCAAUUGAUUCACCUGACACACUUCCAAUUAUAUAUGAGCGUGGGUUGUUUGGAAUCUACCAUGAUUGGUGUGAGUCAUUUAGCACCUACCCCAGAACCUAUGAUCUUCUGCACGCGAACCAUCUUUUCUCCAAGAUUAAAAAGAGUGACAGGUGUAAACUAGUGGCAGUGAUGGUGGAGGUGGAUCGAAUACUGAGGCCAGGAGGCAGGCUAAUUGUUAGAGAUAGUAUGGAGACAAUGCAUGAAGUGGAGUCUAUGGCAAAAUCGCUACACUGGGAGGUCCGCAAGUCUUACUCCCAGGACAAUGAAGGUUUGCUGUUUGUUGAGAAGACGAUGUGGCGACCAAAUGAAGUUGAAGCUAAGCUAUGACGUACCAUACCAGCACCACCGUUAUGAUAGCUCUGACACUGAAACCCUUGGAAGAGGAAAACAAAAGUAGCCAAGUGGGGGAUGCACAGUAAGCUAUAUAUAUAGUGGGUUUUUGUAGGGGUAUACUUGGAUUUUGGGAGAAGCUGUAAUGUGUUUUUUUUUUUUUUGCGUGGGAUGAUACAUUAGCAACUAAUGCAUGGUGAUGAUCCAUGUUGAGGCUGGCAAGUUUAACAUACAUGCAUCGCUCUUUGUAGAGUUGUAGCAUAAGAUAGUAGAAUUUGUGUGGAAAUUGCUGAA